GUCGUCAUACGCGCGCCGCCGCUUCCGCCCCUCCACAGGGAGGCUGGAGAGUAGUCAUGGCGAGUUCAGCUGCCUCCUCGGUGCGACCGCCCAGGCCCAAGAAAGAGCCGCAGACGCUCGUCAUCCCCAAGAAUGCGGCGGAGGAGCAGAAGCUCAAGCUGGAACGGCUCAUGAAGAACCCGGACAAAGCAGUUCCAAUUCCAGAAAAAGUGAGUGAAUGGGCACCUCGACCUCCCCCGGAAUUUGUCCGAGAUGUAAUGGGUUCAAGUGCUGGGGCCGGCAGCGGAGAGUUCCAUGUGUACAGGCAUCUGCGCCGGAGAGAGUACCAGCGGCAGGACUACAUGGAUGCCAUGGCUGAGAAGCAAAAACUGGAUGCAGAGUUUCAGAAAAGACUGGAAAGGAAUAAGAUUGCUGCAGAGGAGCAGACUGCAAAGCGCCGGAAAAAGCGCCAGAAGUUAAAAGAGAAGAAAUUAUUGGCAAAGAAGAUGAAACUUGAACAGAAGAAACAAAAAGAAGGAUCCAGUCAGUCCCAGGAGCAGCUGUCCAGUAGCUCAGAGGAGGCAUCUGGAACGGAGGAGGAGGAGGAGGCGGCAGCGGCCGAGCCCAGCUUCAUCAUGGGGCGAUGAGGAUGUUGUCUGCAGCAGCUGUUGAGGCCUGUGACCAGGACCUCAGAAAAUCAUCCUCCACGGGCCCCGAGGGGAAGGGAGCCUCUGUUUGCAGCUCACUUUCCCUCCCAAAGCCGUGCUUGCAGAAGCAAGUAGGCCCCCACCCCCAGGGCUCGUCGUCCCCUGUCCGCAGGACUCGGCAGGACUCGGCCCGGCCCGUGGGAGAGAGGACUGUCUCCUGACACUGCCAAGGGCCCGGCCGGGGUCACAGACGUUUCCGCUAAAGGGGAAGCUGUCUUGCCUGUUCUUCCAGUGCCUGUUCUCAUGUAACUGAACAGUGAUGAGUUUGGGGCUGGUUUCUGUGAAAGGAAUGUUUUAGUAAAAAACAGAAAAACUUCAGGUUUUGUUGAGACCUGUGAAAUGCUGAUGACAGAAGCAGUAGAGAAGGCUGGGGGAUGACAAAGGAGGGCCUGUUUCUCAGACUUGGUGAAGGAGAUGGCCUAGGCCCUGGUGCCAACGCACACUGCAGGGUGCGUGACCGCCCUUUCCUUCAGCCGAGGGUGCCCUGCAGCGGGAGACGUGGGACUUAACCAGGGCCUCAGCAGAACGGAGGACCUGGAUGUGUGCAAAGAGCUUGGGGAAACCUCUGGAGACACGGAAAGCAGCAGGUAGAGAGGCCCGGCAGGGCCGGACCAGAGCGGAGCGGGUGGCCUGGGGGAUCCUAGCUGCACUGCAGGGGAGGCGGAUGCAGCGGCCACCAGCUGCAUCUUCAUCCCGAGGUAAGAGGGGAGCGCAGCAGAAAUCGGGAGCUUAUGUGGACAGCCUUUCAGCCAGCAGGAGGAAUAGACGGUUUCUAAGUAGAGCCUUUGCUCUUUUUUUUUUUUUUUUUUUUUUGCUAUCUCCCAAGUUUCUAAGGCUAUUUUGUGCCUUUUAUGGAGUUACAGAGAAUUAAGGAAAUAGUGGUUUUGAGUGAAGGGAAACUGAAAGAUACAUCUUUUCUUGAUUUCCCGGACCCCACCCUGAGCCAUGUGACAUCUGUGAUAACGUCUGGGUUUCCGCAGCUCAAGUCAACAGGAAUUUUUCUUUCCUAGGAAGCCGAAAUGGAAAGUCAUUCCUCAUAAAUUAGCGCAUGCCCUGGCUCUACCUUUUAGAAGCCGUGUUUCUCUUUCCUCAGGGACUGGCGGGCCAGCUUUGUGUGCUCCUGUCUUUGAACCGUUGGAUUCCCCCAAAGUGUGUCCUAAGUCCUGCUUUGAGUCUGCAGCCCGGAUCCUGGGGGCAUUCCCUCCCGCUGGAGGCUGUAGCUCUGGGUUUCAGUUCCGACACUGCCUCCGAUGAGACGGGGAACUCUGGGCAAGUCACUUCCUGCCUCGGCCCUGUGCCAAGAUCUGGACGAGACACCACAGCAUGUGGAUGCUGGACAGGUGGGUGAACGGCUAGACAAAUGGGAGGGUGCCAGACUGGAUGUUUGUGUUUUCACCUUUACUCCAUGUCUGAGGGGGGUGUUCAAGGAGCGACUAUCCUCCCGCAGUUUGGGUUAAGGGGUGAGCAGUACCUUAGAUGGAUGGACUCUCUCUGUGAUCAAGCAGAAGCUUGCAUCUGCUUGCCCAGCAUGCCCAACAGAGCCAGGUGACUGCGGUGACCUAACGUACAGUUUAUUGCAGGGGGUCAGGCCUGGAGAAGGGGCAGCUGGUGCUCAAAAGACCCACACUCCCUGCUGGCUUUCAGGGAAAGGCUUUUAAAGACGGGGAGGGCGAGGGUCACAGGGUGGUGAUCAGCUCAGCUGCACUUCCGACUGGUGGAUGGUGAGUAACUGGGUACUGGUUCAGGAAGCUCAGCCGUCGGCCUUCGGGUUCCAGCCAGUCUGGGAUCUCUGUGCUGGUGGUCCACGUGCAAUAGCCCCACCCUUGAAUUGUUUUGCUGAUAUGAUCUACAGCCCUUGAGGAGGAACUAAAGGUCCUUGACUUGGUUUUACGGCCAGAGGUUUUCUACAAACAGGGGACUUGGUGGAGGUGGCGGUGUCUGCCUCUAGGAAGGCCUGUAGGAUCCUGCUCGCUUUCAGUCCCCUCUUUAAUACGCCACAGUCCUGAGGGGAACGGGCAAGGGACUGCUCGGGCUACUUCCUGCUGACUGAGGGCAAGGUCGCUUGUUCAGGAUUCGAGGAGCCACCGACGUUCACUUGAAAGAAUUCUCGAGUUGCUUUGUAAUAUGAAAACUACCUUUCUCUUUGCUUUGUCACAGCACCUGGACAAACAUUUGAAAAUUAGUAGACAGAUUACAGUGAAGAUAAUGAUCAAAAUGCACCCUCUUCCCAUGCCAGAUGCCAACCAGGAACGUAAGGUUUGGAGUGGGUCCUCUCGGUCUGUACACUCCGCAGCCACGCAGCCCCUUCAGUUCUGAGCUUCCGGUUCUCCAGAGGCAUUGAUGUAUACCUAACAGGAGCUGCCGGCCCCUACCCGUCCUGUGGUGGUGGUUGUCAAAAUAUAAUUUAAUUUAAAGCAAUUUUAUUAACCAGUACCAUUCUGACGGAAGAAGCUAGUGCCUUCUGGGAGGCUACUGCUGGAGCUGUCUCGUUGGUUAUUUUUUCUACAGAGCAAGGUUUCAUAGCUAUAAGAGGACACCUUGAGACCGUCAGGUUUGCGGCUGCUACCAUUGCUUUGAGAAUGGCUGGGGGUGUCCUUGAGUCCAAUACAGUUUAGACAGUUCAGGUUCUCGGUAAUGUAGGGCCACGUCUGCAACCGUGUCCAUAAUGGCCACCCAGAUGGCAUUGUGGGUGACGGAGCCGCAGUUCACUUCAUUUGGACUUUUCUAAGUGCAUUCUUGAAUGCUUAAAGGGGAUGUACCACAUACGUGGGAUAAACUAGAACGGCCUCCGUAAGGCAGAAUGACUUCUCCAUCCCUCAGUGUAUGCAGGUUUCCGCUCUCACAUUCCCUUUGCACAUCCUCCUGUAGAAAGCAUUGAUCAGGGUGGCACUGCCCGCCCUGCAUCCAGCGGUCCCUUGGUUCCAGGCCUCCACUUUGUUUCUGUGUCUCUGCCUCGCCGUCCCCGUGGGGGAGACGCAUCAGAGCUGUGCUAACGGGGAAGCACUGUCCCCCACACAGUGUACAGCUGCUGUUCAGCAGACAUGUCAGGCAAGCAGUGACGCGUGUUCCUCCUCACUAGAGAAAAUGUUCUUUCUGUGCUGAAUUUUGCAGUCAAAAGCAUGAUUAGAAAUAGAACAAUAACUUCCUAUUUUGAUACAGACAAACGGAGCACAGUUCAGCUGAAUUAGGAUGGAUCUUACAGACCUGGUUCAGAUUUCUUGGGUCAGCUGUCUGCCACUGCUGUUGUCUUCUUCUCAUCCUCUGUUGCUGUUGUUUGAGGUCAGCAGUCCUUUCUCUAGACCAGUACAGUGCAGGAGUUAUUUAAGAGUCAACUUCUUACAGUUUCACCGUGCAUGAGCUACUGAAGAAUACCUGCUAAGGGUCCUUUCACUGAGUUUGGAGAGAGUGCCAUCUUUUCCAGUACGUAUAAUGUCCUGGUUGUGGAUCAUGGGACAUCUUGUCUUCAUCCAGAGAGUACCGUGAUCAGCUUCAGAAAAAAGCUUAGACUAUUCCUCUAAUAACGUAAGUAAGCUUUAUAAUAUAGCAGCAAGGGGUUAUCUUGUAUAUAGAUAAUACAAAACGUUAGUAUCCACAAAGGUAUAUUAUCAAAACACACACUCAAUUACUCAUUUCUACCAAAGCUAGCCAAAUAAAGACGAAUUUCUUUGCAAAGAAAUAAGUCUGGUUACAAUAAACUUGGCCUGAUUGGUUACAUAAGUGUAAUUGAUGGUAUAGGAGCUUUUAAAUUGUCUGGGCUAGAACUUUUCAUAAGGAAUAUCAAAUUGAACUUUUAAAAGACCUCUCAAGGCCAGGCAAGUUAUAUCCAGGACUUGCCCUCAGAUUUUGCCUGCAAUAGCUGUGGAUUCGAGAGAAUUCCUCUCUUCUCCAGGUCUCUAAAGUAUCUUGAUAUUCCUGCUCCUCUAAGGAGGUGAGCUCCCUUAUCCAGCUGUUGGGCCUCUGAGUUUCCAGUUUCUGGAGGGAUCAGGUCAAGAGAAAAGAUAAAUGUUGCAGUUCCACUUGCAACGGUAUAACUUACCAAGUUGUUAUAAAGGGGUUUUUCUUAUGUCUAGAAAAGCACGAAUUAAAAGCCAGUCAUAGUUCAGACAGAACCUGUAAAAAUUAUAACCCUUUUCAUCAGUUCACUCAAUUCUAUGCAACUAAUCCUUGGUCUUAAACAGUUUUAGGAAACCAUCAGGGUUCCUAUCAGAAUUUCUCACCCAGUCCAGCAGUAUGAUCUGGCAGUUGUCAAAACUCUUGCACUUGUCAAAAAAGUCCUUCCUAUGAAUCUCCUUAAAGACGAAACAUUUUUUGCAAAAGCGCCAGUGAAAUACCAUCUAUUGAAGGACAAGACAGCACAGUUGAAGACUGAUGACAGUGCAGUUGACAAAGAAGCUUAACUAGGCGGCUGUAACACACAACUUUUAAAGAUGACAAGAACUAUGACUGAUAAUACCAGGACGUAUCCAAAUUUUAGGAACUUCGUAUAAUUUCUAGAAGCCUUAAUGACAUUUAUGCAUAAAAUGUUAUCUCUGAAGUUGAUCACUAUGCACUUGAUAAUGCUUCCCGGGUAAUGUAACACACCAAAUAAUCCCAAAUUAGUUCACUUAUUUCUUUCUCUGAGAUGCCUCAGGGGCCCUUUGAACAGUCCCAGUGUUAGCUAAGGGUCAAGAGAACUCUUAGGACUUUUUUGUUUAGUGCCACACCCAUGCAUAUGGAAAUUCCUGGGUCAGAGAUUGAAUCUGAGCCGCAGUUGAGUCAAUGCCAGAUCCUUUAACCCACUGUGCCAGUCUGGGGAUCCAACCUGUGCUUCUGCAGCAACCUGAGAUGCUUCAGUCAGAAUCCUAACCCACUGUGCCACAGCAGGAACUCCCAAUUUAGAAUUUGAUUUGAAGUUUGUCAAAAAUAGUUUUAUGAAAAGACAGCCUACAGAAUGGCAGAAAGUAUUUGCAAAUGAUACGACCAGCAGGAGGUUAAUUUCCAAAAUAUUUAAACACCUCAAUAUAAAAAAUAAAAAUAAAAAUAAAUGGGCGGAGGAUCUAAAUAGGCAUUUCUCCAAAGAAGACAACUGACAGCCAGAAAGCACAUGCAAAGAUGUUCAGCGUUGCUGAUGCUUAGAGAAAGGUACAUCAGAACUGCAACGAGGUAUCACCUCACACUGGUCGGAAUGGGCAGCAGCCAAAGGGAGGCAGACAGGAAAUGCUGGAGGCGGGGUGGAGAAAGGGAACCCCCCUGCCCUCGAAAGGGAAUGUAGUCCUGCAGCCACUAUGGCAGACAUUACGGAGGUUCUCGAAAAAACUAAAAACGGUUACCCUGUGAUCCAUUGAUCCCACUCCUGGGCAUCUCUCUGGAGAAACCAGUAAUCCAAAAAAAAAAAAAAAAAAAAAAUGCACGCACCCCUGUGUUCACAGCAGCACUAUUUGCAAUAGCCAAGACAUGGAAACGACCUAAAUGUCCACUGACCUGGAUAAAGGUGUGGUGCAUUUACACACAAUACGGCUCAACCAGAACAAAGCCAUUUGCAGCAACAUGGAGAUUACACUGUGUAAGAAAGAAAGAUGUUAUCACUUAGAUGUGGAAUCUAGAAAAAUGCAAAUGGACUUACAGAACAAGUAGAUGCAGAAAACUAAAGAUUACCUUUAAAAAGGAAAGAUGAGGGAUAAAUUAGAAGAUUAAAUUGGAUUAAAAUAUAUAAACUAUGACAUAAAAUAGAUAAUCACAAGAACCUUCUGUAUAGCAUAGGGAACUAUCCUCAUAAUAACCUAUAAUGGAAAAGAAUCUAAGAAAAAUAUGUAUAUUAGAGGUAUCUAUAUAAAUCACUGCUGUACACCUGAAAUAAACACAUUCUAAAUUGUAUUUCAGUAAAAAGUUUUAAAGACAAAGUUUAAAAACACUUGGUUCAAGUAGGAGCAUAGGUUAUUGUGAAACAAUAUUCACUUAACCAAAGUGACAAGGUUUCCAAGGCAAAUACAGAAAGUUACAACAGAUCACUUUAAAAAGAAACUGAAUCUCACUAAAAGCAGCUCAGAAGUCCAAGACAACUCUCAGCUGAAAGCCAACCUCCAGUCUCGUAGCAGCUUUCUUUUACUGGCAAAAUUUGACUUCAUCUAAUCUUAGCCACUUCUGACCAGGAGCAAAACCCUUCUCCAGUUUCCUCUUCCACACCUUCCUGCAAUCUUAGGAGUCUGUCCCUUGUUCUUUUCCCCAUCCAGAAGCAACCAGCUCUACCACACAUCCAGCAUUCAGCAGAAAUCUCCAGCUGUCAUUCUUUCUUACUGACAACAUACAGCGACUUUAUAUACCAAAGGGUUCCCGUGACUCUAGUAGUUUUUAAUUACCUGUCACAGUUUUUAACCCUUGGCAGUUUUAAUCGUGGAGUUCCUUGGUGACCUGACAGUUACGGGUUACCAUUGUCUCUGCUGGGGUUCAGCGUCAGUCCGUGGCCAGGGAAAUUCCACAUGCCUCAGGUGCAGCCAAAAAAACCCUCACCAGUCAACAAAAUAAACAAAAAAACUAAUUGCUAACAAAAGCCAAGAGGCAAACAAUUGUGAAAUGUUUGUUAUACCAGCAUUUUCUGAUUAGUAAACUUACAUUUUAUAACCUAAAACAUGGCGUAAUUUCUUCAAUACAAGUCAUGUUUGGGUUCAUUAAUUCGUAAGACACAACUUACUGUCCUCUUAUUGGAGCAAAACUAAAGUAGGUAAACAAACUUGUUUUAACCAUCAGUUUUCCUGUAUUUCCUCUUACUUAAAAAUGAUUUAAGCAUUCAUUUCACUUAAUUGGGAAAAAUACAAGUUAGCAAAAAUCUGGAAGAGCUAAGAAUUACUCAAGAGUUCACCCAAAAUAAUUUAUUCCAUUUAUCUAUAGGUCAAUAUCAUACCAAAUUAAUCUGUUCUUGCUGACAAAUUUUGCAACAGGGAAACUUAUUUUCAGUAAACCUAAGUAUUAUACUUAAUAUAGAUGACUCUAAAGAUAGGUCAGUAUUAAAUCAAACAAUACCUAGUAUUAAAGUUAGUUGAAUAUUGAAUAUUCCCCAGAUGACAUGAAAUUCAUUUGGGUUAAUUUCUAUUUGUAUUCCUGAGAAUUGAUGUAAGCACUUAAUUUCCAUUAAGCCAGUCAAAUACAGCUCAUGUACAAAUUUUUAAAGACAGAACCAGAUUCCAUAGCUUCAUUUUGAAACAGUUACAAAUCAGAAAUACAAAAUGCAUUAAUUUAUAAGAAGAGUUGGAAUAAGUUUACGCGAGGUAUUUUUUUUUGUUUGUUUUUUUGUUUUUUGGUCUUUUUAGGGCCACACCCGCAGCAUAUGGAGGUUCCCAGGCCAGGGGUCGAAUUGGAGCUGUAGCCACUGGUCUACGCCAGAGCCAUGUCUUCGACCUACACCACAGCUCACGGCAACACCGGAUCCUUUAUCCACUGAGUGAGGCCAGGGAUCAAACCGGCAACCUCAUGGUUACUAGUCAGGUUCAUUAACCCGCGACAGGAACCCCUCACUUGAGUUUUAAAGCCUUUUUGCUUUUCCUCUCAGUCUCAGAUUCUACCAGUUAAGCUAAGACCAUAGUCUCAGACACUGUGAGCUCUGUUCGCAUUUCAAGGAAGUAAGAGUUAUAACUUCAUCCUUUUCCUUAGGAAUGCUUUUGUUCCCUCCCAGAAUUUUGAAUCAAGGCAAAUUUUUCUACCCGCAUUUGCAAAAAAAAAAAAAA